GGGGAGACAGCAAGUGUGACUGCGCGCCGGGGUGUGUGGACGCCGCUUUGUUGCCUGAGGGGGGUGGCAGUGGAAGUUAAGGGAGUCGGGGACCAGCGCUUCUCCGGACCCGCAGUCGCGGCCGUUGCAGUCACUUCGCCGGGUGGCCUUUAGCGUAGGAGUCGCGUCGAUAGCAGCCAUGAGCGGCGGGGUGUACGGGGGAGAUGAAGUUGGAGCCCUUGUUUUUGACAUUGGAUCCUAUACUGUGAGAGCUGGGUAUGCUGGUGAGGACUGUCCCAAGGUGGAUUUCCCUACCGCUAUUGGUAUGGUGGUAGAAAGAGAUGAUGGAAGUACAUUGAUGGAAAUAGAUGGUGAUAAAGGCAAACAAGGUGGUCCCACCUAUUACAUAGAUACUAAUGCCCUGCGUGUUCCGAGGGAGAAUACAGAGGCCAUUUCACCACUGAAAAAUGGGAUGGUUGAAGAUUGGGAUAGUUUCCAGGCUAUUUUGGAUCAUACCUACAAAAUGCAUGUCAAAUCAGAAGCCAGCCUGCAUCCUGUUCUCAUGUCAGAAGCACCGUGGAAUACCAGAGCAAAGAGAGAGAAACUGACAGAGUUAAUGUUUGAACACUACAACAUCCCUGCAUUCUUCCUUUGCAAAACUGCCGUUUUGACAGCAUUUGCUAAUGGUCGUUCUACUGGGCUUAUCUUGGACAGUGGAGCCACUCAUACCACUGCAAUUCCAGUUCACGAUGGCUAUGUCCUUCAGCAAGGCAUUGUAAAAUCCCCUCUUGCUGGAGACUUUAUUACUAUGCAGUGCAGAGAACUCUUCCAAGAAAUGAAUAUAGAACUGAUUCCUCCAUAUAUGAUUGCAUCAAAAGAAGCUGUUCGUGAAGGAUCUCCAGCAAACUGGAAAAGAAAAGAGAAGUUGCCACAGGUUACAAGGUCUUGGCACAAUUACAUGUGUAACUGUGUUAUCCAGGAUUUUCAAGCCUCAGUACUUCAAGUAUCAGAUUCAACUUACGAUGAACAAGUAGCCGCACAGAUGCCAACUGUUCAUUAUGAAUUCCCCAACGGCUACAACUGUGAUUUUGGAGCAGAACGGUUAAAGAUUCCUGAAGGAUUAUUUGACCCUUCCAAUGUAAAGGGGUUAUCAGGAAAUACAAUGCUGGGCGUCAGUCAUGUUGUCACUACAAGUGUUGGAAUGUGCGACAUUGAUAUCAGACCAGGUCUCUAUGGCAGCGUUAUAGUGGCAGGAGGAAACACGCUAAUUCAGAGCUUUACCGACAGGUUGAAUCGAGAACUCUCUCAGAAAACACCCCCAAGUAUGCGGUUGAAACUGAUUGCAAAUAAUACAACAGUGGAACGGAGGUUUAGUUCAUGGAUCGGUGGUUCCAUUCUAGCUUCUUUGGGCACCUUUCAGCAGAUGUGGAUUUCCAAACAGGAAUAUGAAGAAGGAGGGAAGCAGUGUGUAGAAAGGAAAUGCCCUUGAGAAGAGUUCCCAAACGUCUACCUUCUGUCACCUUACGUUUCAUAGCUUUAGUAUACUCAGGAAAAGAACAACCAUCUUUUGUAGAAUGUUUAUACAUUUUUGCAUAUUUCAAUUUCCACUUCAAUUUUUUAAGGCUUUAACUGGCUCUGUAAAUUAAAAUAAGUUUGUGCUUUCCUUGAAAUGCACUUAUUCUUAUUACAAGCAUUUUAUAAUUUUGUAUAAAUGUCUAUUUUCUCUAAAUAUUUUGCUUUCAGUAAAAUGCUUUCCAACUCUGUUUAUGGUAGAAUUGCUUUUUAUUGACUAGUAAAACUUACUGCCUAUGUUUUUUACCUUAGGCUUUUAAAAUUAAAUAAAAAUUACUAGCCAUUCCAGAAAUA